AUGGCUCAAGGAAAAAUUAAAGUUAAAACAAAGUCCAUUGGGAACACAAAAAAACCAAACAAGAAGGGAAGCGCUUUCAUUUCGCGAAAAAGAGCGCCGGUCCCAUCAAAGAAGCACAAGUUCGAAGAGGCAUACAAACUGAAGCAUGUGAUCAGCAAAACGGUGAACCAGAAGAACGAAGACGGCAUCCGGAAGCUGGUCUACGAGGGUCAGCGCAAUCUCAGCCAAGCCCAGCAAGCCGUCAAGGAGCACCACAAAAAGCAAGGGGAAACCCAGAAAGCGGGUACCUCGACUCCGUCGAGCUGA